AUGAAUAGAAUUUCAGUGAAGAGGUUUUCGUUUAACAAGGAAAGCAUAGCCGGGUUGAGGUCGAGUAACCCGAGGAUGUCGAAGGUUCGUGGCGUGUGUGCUGUCAUAACCAAAGCCCUGAUGAGGCUGGAUCGCGCGAAGCAUGGGCGAUCCAGAGACUGUGUUAUAACUCAAGCAGUUAACAUGCGGGAGAGAACAACCCCGCCUCUGCCCAGACACGCUUGCGGUAAUCUGGUCCUGCUGUCUCUCGCCCGCUGCAGUGCACCGGGCGAGGGCGAGGGCGUGGCUGAUGUUCUAGGCGACGCCACGAGCAAAGCCGUUUCUGACUGCGCUGAGAUAUUGGGGUUGGAAGAGGAUAGACGCAACGAGAGUGCGGGCAGAGCAUUCAUGAGCGGUGAGGAGAUUGUUUUGAGCUUCACUGAUUACAGUAAGUUUGGAUGGUACGGAGUGGAUUUGGGGUGGGGGAAGCCGGUGUGGGCGAGCAUUGCUCCGCAUGCGACUGCAAACACGGUGGUUCUAAUGGGAAGCAGAGACGGAGAUGGGAUUGAGGCGUGGGUGCAUUUGGAGAAGAACAACAUGCGAUUGUUUGAGGAAGAUGACGAGAUUGCCAGAUUCUGUGGCUUGGGAUGA